GCAGUGCUGGGAGCGAGGAUUGGCUGGGCACUGCUGCAGUGGGGACGCAGCCCGGGUGCUCAGCAUCGCUGCUCAGCAUCGCUGCUCGCCCGGGCUGCCGCUGCCAUCGGCCGGGAGGCGCAGCUCGGGUGGCAGCGCUCUGAGAAGCUCCUCUCGGAGAGGUUCAUCUUUAGCUUUUCCUCCCUAAGCGCGGCGUCUCGGCUUCUCUGUCCUAGCAGUCUCCAAAGCGCAGCGUCUCGGCUUCUCCGUGCCAGGGGGCUUGUGCUUUGUCUGUUGCCAUCAGAUUUCUGAGGCUCUGGUACAAUGAGCUGCUUGUCAGGCCAGGCACGACUGCAGUAGCAGCAAUUUCAAAAGGCAGGAAGCGUCCGCAGGAGCGGUCUGUAAAGAAUCGGAGCCGGUGGAGUCGCUGGGUUGAACCUCCCGCUGGCUGCCGUGCCGAUUCCCGUCUUGGGGGUGCUUGGUAGUGCAGUCACAUCAUCCUUGGCAGCGGGCAGCUCCUGAGCGCUCAGGGUUCCCCUGCCUGGGAUGCUCGCUGGAGCAGCAAUGCUGCAGACCCUGUGGCAUUUUCUGUCUAGCUUCCUUCCCAGGGCCAUAUGCCAAGGUCCUGCAGAUGAAAAAGAGGAUGAGGCCAGAAACACCACCCCACUUCCAGGCCCCGGGGAGAAAGGGCCAAAGGUGUUGGGGAAGACACAGGACAGAGGGACUGAUCCCACUGAAAGGAGACCAACUAUCCUACUGGUGGUUGGACCCGCAGAGCAUUUUCCAAAGAAAAUUGUGAAGGCUGGAGACAAAGACCUGGAUGGACAGCUGGAUUUUGAGGAAUUUGUUCACUAUCUCCAAGACCAUGAAAAGAAGCUGAGACUGGUUUUCAAGAGUUUGGAUAAAAAGAACGAUGGCCGCAUCGAUGCCCAGGAGAUUGUCCAGUCUCUCCGGGACCUGGGAGUCAAGAUCUCUGAACAGCAGGCUGAGAAAAUACUGAAGAGAAUAAGGACGGGACACUUCUGGGGUCCUGUCACCUACAUGGAUAAAAAUGGGACGAUGACAAUUGAUUGGAAUGAGUGGAGAGACUAUCACCUGCUGCACCCCGUGGAGAACAUUCCUGAAAUCAUUCUGUACUGGAAGCACUCCACGAUCUUUGAUGUGGGAGAGAAUUUGACUGUCCCUGAUGAGUUCACAGUGGAAGAGAGGCAGACAGGGAUGUGGUGGAGACAUCUGGUUGCAGGUGGAGGUGCAGGUGCCGUGUCCAGAACCUGCACAGCUCCCUUGGACCGUUUGAAAGUGCUCAUGCAGGUUCACGCCUCGCGCAGUAACAACAUGUGCAUCAUCGGCGGCUUCACGCAGAUGAUCCGGGAGGGUGGCCCAAGGUCACUGUGGAGAGGCAAUGGCAUCAACGUGCUGAAGAUUGCACCCGAGUCAGCCAUCAAGUUCAUGGCCUAUGAGCAGAUCAAGCGGUUCAUUGGUACUGACCAGGAAAUGCUGAGGAUCCACGAGCGGCUCCUGGCUGGUUCUCUGGCUGGAGCCAUUGCACAGAGCAGCAUCUACCCCAUGGAGGUUCUGAAAACACGGAUGGCUCUAAGGAAGACAGGACAAUAUUCAGGCAUGUUGGAUUGUGCCAAAAACAUCCUUGCAAAGGAAGGAAUGGCUGCCUUCUACAAAGGCUACAUCCCCAACAUGUUGGGAAUCAUUCCAUAUGCUGGUAUUGACCUGGCAGUCUAUGAGACACUAAAAAACACCUGGUUACAACGCUAUGCUGUUAAUAGUGCUGACCCUGGGGUCUUUGUUCUGCUGGCCUGUGGCACCAUCUCCAGCACCUGUGGACAACUUGCCAGUUACCCACUGGCCCUCGUGAGGACGCGCAUGCAGGCCCAAGCUUCAGUGGAGGGUGCUCCUGAAGUGACCAUGAGGGGACUGUUCAAACACAUUCUGAAGACAGAGGGAGCAUUUGGGCUUUACCGGGGUCUGGCGCCCAACUUUAUGAAGGUGAUCCCAGCUGUGAGCAUCAGCUACGUGGUGUAUGAGAACUUGAAGAUGACUCUGGGUGUGGAUUCACGGUGACCAGGAGAUGCUGAGGACUCAGAACUCUGAAAUCUUGGGAUGUGAUCCCAAGACAUAUAAGCCAUCUCUCAUUCUGUGAAUGUGUCGACACUAAGCUGACUAAGCAAAGCUGUGAAAUCUCAGAUUGUGAGUCAGUAAGGAAGGGGGAAGGGGAGGAUCUGGUGUCCUUUGCCAUCUUGCUACUCAGAGCUCCACUUAAACCAUCACAGGGUCCUUUUUUUUGGGCCUUUUGGGAGACCAGGAGCUGAACUCCUGGGAAAUCUUGCAGUGGGAGUUGCUGAGGUCAGUUCCCAGCAGUAUGACAGAGUAGCAAAGAUUUGGGUUACAGGUCUGCUCUCAGCAUGUUGCCUAUACAGAGCUGUUUGCCUACAGAUGAGCACCUUCUGACUUGCUGAAAGAGCUUCUUUUUCCAUUCAGAGAGCUGCUUUUUCCAUUCAGUUGUUUAACUUCCUACCCAUUGUUUAAAUUUGUACAAACCUUGUGUAGGAGCUGCUGCCACACCAGGCUUGUUAUGUUUACAAAUAUUCCUUUGGGUGGGAGACAUUCAUGUUCUGCUUCCAAGAAUUGACAUGAAAUGUAACUUUGAUCUAUACUGGUUUGGAGGGCUGGUGGGCAGUGGUUUAUCCAGCCAGGCUGAAGGUUGCUUAAGCCAGCCUGAUGAAGAAUUAGGAUUAUUUAUUUUUUAUAGGUUUAAAGUGUGUCUCAUAAACUCACUAACAAGAUGCACUUACUAACAGAAGCAGCAGACUAGAGCCUGCAUGCCUGUAUCCUUUGCAUGCUGGGAUUGGCUUGUCUUAUUCUCUGCAGGGGCUUGGAAAGGGGAAGGCAGGAGAGCCCUGGGCUGCCUGGCACUGUGAUGCAUGGCUUUAGUGAACAAAGACACAAUAACUCACAGCUCCAGUGCAGCUGUGCUCCCAGCACGACAUGAGAGCCCCUGUGCAGCGUUGCAUGGACCUCUGAAUUCCAUCCUGCUGGUGCCAAGGAGAGCUCGUGCACCUUUUCCAAACCCCGUGCCUAUGCUGCUAUCUUAUCUCUUUAGACCUCUUGGUAGAUCCAUGUUCAGGUUUCCAUUGGUGUGAUGGAGGCCCCAAGUCAGGAAUGUCUGCUGUGGGAAGGGGUGUUAGGGAGAGGGGCUGUCACUGGGAGAGGUGAGCUUUCAGUCCUGAAGAUGUGCUUGCUUGUCUUUCAAAGGGUGCUUUUCAUAAAGCUAAGGGAAAGAAAUGGCUUUAAAAUUUCUCUGAUAGCAUUAUGGGCUGCUUUAGUUAAUAGGAUCCAGCUUCUGAGACCUGGGAGAUCCUCACCCAAUUUUUCAUUUUGGGUAAAAUGGACCAGCAUUGCAUUCCACUGUUUUACUGCUUAAAGCAUAUUUAUUUUGUAUUUAUUUGAACAGAGUUAUGUCAGACUAUUUUUAUAGGUUUGUUUAAAUAUUGUUACUGUGCUUGUAUUUCUCCUGUUUUAAAAAGCUCUCUAUUAGUUCUUUUUCAUCACACAGCUGAGUCGUGGGGAGGGAUGCUAAAGUCACUGGUGUACCUGCCCUCUGGGGCUUGAACUGCCUUUCCCACGUCUGGGUUUGUUGCUGGAGGACCUCAGCCCAGAGAAAUUCUGUAGCAAGAAGCCAUAGGAGAGAAAGGAGCAGAUGAGGAAGCAGGACCUUGGGGAGAGGGUGCACUGUCAGGCUUGCCUUAGCUUGGAAUCGCCUCUGUGCACGGCUGAAAGGCUUUGGGUGGGUGGCUGAAGGUGGGAAGUGGAAGGUCUGUGGAUGUUGGAUGUCACAACAGUUAAUUAAGAGCGCUUGGGGGAGUGUUUAGGUAAGGGGGAAAGAGAGAAAUCUCAGGGACUAAAGACAAUACACAUUUCCAGAGAGAUGGAAGGAAACUUGCACUUGGACACGAGCUGCUGCAGUUGUGCUUCGAGGCUCAAUCAGCAGACCCUGCUGAUGAGCUAGUGCUCAUCACAUGCAGGAGGACACUGUGGAGAUGUGUGUGAAAAAUUGGAAAAGGAUUUGCUAGCACUCAAACAGCUGCUUUUUUUUUUUCUGACAGAUUUUGGUGGUUCAUGGAGAGUCUCCCAGGUGAGACUCUGCCUUCACUUUCUGUGCUGUCAGUAGUAGCCACGUGGAAAUCUAACCAACAAUGGAUUAGUGAUAUGAUUUAUUUUUUCCCACCCCCCUCUUCCUGAGACCUGUCAUAAAUUCUGCAGUGGCUCCUUCCUACCAGUGUGGCCUAAUGAGAAUAUGAAUAUCAGAAUGCAAAAAUCAAUGCAAAAUGACAACCAUCUUUGUAGCUGUAACCACAAAUUGUUAUAAUGCAAAUCUAACUUGGAUUCUUCAUGUAGGGAACAGUCUGCUAAUAAAGGUCUGAUAAAGAGA